UGAGGUUAUGAUUAUAGUCCAUUCUUCAGGAAAGUGGGAUAAAAACAAUGACGUUUAUACCACUCACUUUCACCAUUGUUUUUGGCUCUGUUUGUGUCAUUGUUGGGCACGGAUCAGUUUGCACCCGCAAAAGCCAAGGACAGACAAAAUGUCCUACACAAGCCGGAAUUUUGUCCCAUUUUUUCUGUUUCGCUCGGUAACGACCGGAUCUUUGAGUGAUGGGGCAGUUAGUGGAAGCCGCCAGCUGGAACAGCAGAUGCUGUUUCCCACAAUGACCGAAGAUGAUCGAGACAUCUCGAUCAUCAGCUUCGAGAAGAUAAACACUACUCCAAUUUUGUGGUUCCAACUGGUUUGCUCAAUGGCGCUGACCGCAGUUGGACUCGCUUAUUGCUAUUACGGGUGCUACAGUGGGAAUGAAUGCGCUGGAUACUACACAAUGCUUAAGCUAAGAGCGGGUUUUUGGUUUGUCACAUUUAUCAUUCAUCUUCUGGUGAAGAGCAAACACAACCGGAUGAAGAUACUUGGAUAUCAUACGUUCCUUCGGGAGACACAUCGUUAUAAGAAAACUUCGCUUCAGGUUGUAUCCCUGGUCAAUCUGGUUAUAUUGACCGCACACACCGCACUGCUGCAUAUGUUUGGUUCACAUUUUUUCAUUGAUUGUGCUCUGAAAGGCUUCUCAACGACUCUAUCCGUAAGUGCUGUUUGCUUGCUGGAAUGCAUCGUAUUAGUUCUCAUUCAUAUUCCAUACUUUGUUAAAACCAAAGUUUUCAACGUAAUUCAAAAUCCUCCAGAUGCCCUGUUGCAACGUGGCAAUGGACAAACUGAGAUGUCUCCCGAGGAGUUCAUCAAUCAGCAGUUUUUGCUGAUCGUCAAACUGAUGGACGAAAAUAGACACAUGCACGACAAAAUCCGUGAGGCUCGUGCGUCGGCUCACCUCAUCAACAGUGAAUCGACCCAACUAUCCAUUGCGGACCAGUCUUUUGUAAUAGGUUACUAGGUGCAUGCGGGGGUAGAUUGUUAAUAAAUGAAUGUUUUCUUUUUGUUCCACUUUCGAGA